AUGGAGGGUCUUUGGUUUAAUGUGGAUGGAGGUUACGUCGAAGGCAUCGUUCGGGGAUAUCGCAACAACCUUCUUAACGCGCAGAGCUAUGGAAAUUUGACGCAGUGCGAUACAGUAGAUGAUGUAAGGCUCCAACUUGGCCCUGCCUAUGGCGACUUCCUCGCUUCCCUUCCCCCCAACCCAUCAACAUCGUCGUUAGCCGGAAAGACGACAGAAAAACUCGUUGCUGAAUUUCGCUACCUACAAGCCCAAGCAACCGGCUCAACCGCCAAAUUCAUGGAGUAUCUCACCUACGGGUAUAUGAUCGAUAAUCUUGCGCUCCUCAUUACGGGUACCUUACAUGAGCGGGAUACACGGGAAUUACUCGAAAGAUGUCAUCCUCUGGGGUGGUUUGAAACAAUGCCUGUUCUUUGCGUGGCAACCAAUCUAGAAGAAUUGUAUAACUCCGUGCUCGUCGAAACACCCCUUGCCCCGUACUUCAAGGGAAGCUUAAGCCACCAGGACCUGGACGAGCUGAAUAUCGAAAUUGUGAGAAAUAUGUUGUAUAAAAACUAUUUGGAGGAUUUCCACCGAUUUGUGAAUACUGAGCCGGAUCUCAAAGAUUCCCCCACUUCGGAGGUCAUGACGGAAAUAUUAGAAUUCGAAGCCGAUCGUCGUGCUAUUAACAUUACACUUAACUCGUUUGGGACAGAGCUUUCGAAAGCGGAGAGGAAGAAACUAUACCCUGAGUUCGGAAAACUGUACCCGGAGGGAUCGUAUAUGCUCUCACGGGCAGAAGACAUUGAGGGUGUUGCUCUUGCUGUCAGUGGGGUUGGUGAUUACAAAGCAUUUUUCGAUGCGGUGGGAUUAAACCAAGCCGGGGGCGGAAGUAUUGGAAACAUGGCUGGUGGUUCAGGAGCUGAUGGCAAGAGCUUGGAAGACCUAUUUUACCAGAAGGAAAUGGAGUUGUCGAAGCUCGUAUUCACUCGGCAAUUUACUCCGGCGGUGAUAUAUGCUUGGAUAAAGCUACGAGAACAGGAGAUUCGAAAUAUCACAUGGAUCGCGGAGUGUAUCGCUCAGAACCAAAAGGAGAGGAUAGGCAACUAUAUCAGCGUUUUUUGA